GCAUGUGCAUGUGUGCGUCGUGCGCCCUACCGUUUUGGGCGUGCACCCGUGCUGAACAGAAACUAAUAUCCGUUUGUGACCGUCUUUUUCAGGAAUACGACAUGGUGUGUGGGGGGCCCCCACGCACGCCACAUCCACACCGAGGAGCCUCCCGGCAUCCCCGCCGGCAAGCCCGCCACCCCCGCCAAGGCCGGAGCCGGUGGAGGUACCUGUGUAGCAAGUUGCGAACGAGCCGGCCGUUGGGGAGAGAGCAAGUGUGCGUGUGUGAGUGCGCGCACGCACGUGCGCGUUCAGCUCCUAACGCAAGCUCUUCGUGUUGGAGGCGUGCGUGAGGGUGCCGACGGCACCGCGCGCACUCCCCACCCCGGCGACCCGGCAGCCAGUUGCCGAGGCGAAGCCGGUGCAGCACGUUUAUGCGUUUCUCCCUCCAUCUGCCUCCCCCGCCCAGCUCCAGGACGCUGUCGCUCGGGUGGAGGAGAGGCGGGCGCAGAGGCGGGCUACGGAGGGCGAGGCCCAAGUGAGUGGUGCGUUUCCAAAGCUGCUGUAAGGAGUUGUAACUUGAAUGGAGGUGAAAAGCUAAUCAUGUCUUUUGAUUACAGAUUGAUCUACUGCCCCGGACUUGUCCGGGUGUGUAGGGCGUAGGAAGGAUAGGUCAUAGGUAGUGUGGGAACCCGGCCGGUGGAGUCAGAGUGUCAAAUUGGACCGUGAGACACGAGGUUGAAGGAUAGCAGGAUGAUGUUGACCAGGCGUGCGGCGUUGCUGGUGGCAAUACGGCUCGUGGUGUCUAGCAGGCGACCCAAAGUUCGCCGGGAACGGCGUGAGCGCUCCCCGGAGAACGAGGAGUGGGUUGCGGGCCCGGCCAGGGCACGCAAGUUUCAGUUCGAAACCUUAAAAGUAAAUGGGGUAGAGAGACAUGGGCGGAGUACAAGCGACGUCUAACGCAGGCCCUAAACCACAAAGGGUUUGCAAGCGACGCGGAACGCAAGGAAGCGUGCCUAACCAGUGCGGACGCCGACUUCUACCGUUUGCUAGUCAAUAUCACUUUUCCGGCGGUGCUGGAAAGCACCACGGUGAGUUUCAAGAAGCUCGUAGGAUUGAUGGACGAGCAUUGCGAGGAGUACAUGUCGGAGGCUAUGGCAGAGUAUUUGUUUGAGGAACGGAAGCAGAAGCCGGGAGAGUCUGCGGCCGAUUGGCUCGUGGACCUCCGGCAUCUUGCUAUACCUUGCAAAUUCAGUGACUUGGACCGCCGCCUGGCCAGUUGGUGCGCUGGGUGGCGGACAAGGCGUGUAAACGCAAGCUGCUAGAGGCCCCGGAGCUCGAUCUUAAGAGUGCGCUACGCAUUAAUAACACGCACAAGCGAGGCCAGGUCGAGUGCGAGGCGCUGAGCAAGCGUGGCAGCACGGAGACCGAGGCGCGCGAGCCAACCUUAAUGUUCGUCCAGAGCAACAACAGCCGAGUCGACUGUUUCCGCUGCGGCGGGAAGCACAGCCCUGACUCGUGUUGGGCCAGGGAUGUGUGUAGGGGUUGCGGGAAGAAGGGGCAUUUGAAGCGGAAGUGUUUAUCCUCAUGGAAGAAGAGCAGCCCGGAGGGCUCAAGCCAGGGUGGUGCCGCGAAGGCGCCCCUGCGGCAGGGCUCGGGGGGAGCUGCCGGGUCAGCGAGAGUAAACAUGCUUCGAACGCAGCCGACGGGAGCCGGCGGAGUACCGGAGGCCUCGAAGGGGGCCCGGAGAGCCGCUGGCACCGGGAAUACGCCAUCUAUGCGGGCGGCGGACACCGCAGCCGCGGCGCCCGGAUGGGCGUGGUGGGAAUAGGUACGGGGCGGGAAGAGCUACCCGGGGCCCGACCUGGUGAAGCCCCAGGUGGACAGCAAGGGGUUUCACGCCAUUAUAGAUAGUGGGGCCCCGUGCGGGAUGAUGUCGCCGGAGGAGUUUCGGAAGAACUGGGCGGAGUCACUGUUGAAACAGGACCCGGACACGCUCAGAGUAUGGUCGGGUGAAAGGGUGGCUGGGCAGUGCGACUGCUAGGCCAAGGUCACCGUGGGCCAGCAGGAGGCGCUGCUGCCGCUAAUCGUAGCUGAGCGGACCGGGCCGCCGUUCAUCAUGGGGCGGCUCUGGAUGGACAAAUUCGGAUUCCCGGUGUUGGGCCCGGCACCAGUAAGCAGGCCCCAAGUAUUGGCCAUCACGGGCGGGAGCACGGUGCCCCGCUGGCUAAAGAUACGGCGGAGGCCAGCGAGUUUGGCUAUUGUAACUAGAUGUGUUAAUCUCUCAUAGCACCUCCUCAACAAACGUAGUUGUAUAUCUCUCAUACUCAUGCACAGCACAGCGCCAGCAUUUGUCUCGUAAUAAAUCACUCUACCUUACCGAAGCUCACAAGAGACUUCGUUACUCUCCCGAUCCUUUAUUAGAAUUGAAUUAUCGAUAGAAUAGAAGUGAAAGAUAGUUAGAAAAGUAAUAGUGACACAAGCAAAGUUACAUGGUGACAGCGUGCUAGAAAGAAACCAUCGCCCAGGUCAAGAAAAUCAAGUCGGAAGACGCAAGUGCCAAGAGGGGAAAACACCCGAAGUCCAGCACAUGCCGAGCGACGACGACGAUGAAGAUUUUCAAGGUUUCAACAGCGAAGAAAUCAUAGAAGCUCAAUUACUAGCGCUCCAGCAACAACUGGCUGCCCAAAAUGCAGCUAUAACCCAACUAACCCAACAGUUGGAACAUGAGAAGCAAAAAAUGCUAGAGAUGCCGGCUAACCUUCUAACUCUUUGGUGCGGUAACUCGACACCACCACCAAAACCCUUCAGAUUCCAAGGAAGCGACUGGACAGAGUGGAUCACAAGAUUGAAACAAUACCGGACAACAACUCCAUUACAACAUAUGGAAGAACAGCAGGCUAACUAGGUAGAUG